AUGUCUGAAAAAAAAUUUUUUGAUGUUCAAAAAGAAGAAAUUGAAAAGAUUCUAGAAGAUGAUAAAGAAAAAAUUCGUAGAAUUUGUGAAUUUGUCGAACUUGAAGAAACUCGUAUCUAUAAAGAAAUUAUCAAAUUCGAUGAAAUUGAUGAUGAGGAUCUCUCUUAUUUUUUCGAUUUUGAAAAUAAUAUUAAUAUCAGACCUUUCACUAUUGAUAAAAAUGAUAAAAAAUCUAUGAUCUUCUAUU